GAGUGGAUUUGUAUAUGUUAGAUCACACGUCUCAAAGAAUAAACAAGACCCGGCUAGUUUGGGCAACAAAGGCUAUUUGGAAUAAAUUUGCAAACAGUCGUUAAAUACUGUACUUCGCAGAUAUCGAUGAACUGGUAAUAUAGACUGCAAGCAUGAGAGGACAAGGAAAACUUGGCACGUUGGCAAUUUGGAUAAUUGCGAUGUAUCUUGUAGUUCAAUGCUGGAUUUUUUUCUAUAAUCUCGACAGCGCUUCCACGACAGAAUUGUGGAGUUUUGAAACAAAAGAAACAGCUAACGAACUGGGUGUAUCGCUACACGAGAGACUGUUCCACGCUCCGCGGGUAAAAAACUGUACCAUUCCUGGCGACUGGUUAUAUCCACUAUGUAAAUACAAGGUCGAGUGGAUGAGGCUCAUGUGGUCUUCUGACCGAAAAUGUUACGUGGACCGUCAUGGAAUUGAUCCCAGAGACGACUGUAGCUUGCUCAUAUUCUUUAGUGAGGUGGAAAAGUGGUGUCCUUUGUUACCAUGGAGAAGACAUCUUUACUCAUCUGUCAAUGCACAGCACUCGACAGAACUGGCAAUUGUGAGAGAAGACCUUAGCGAGUUGUUCAAAAAAAUGAACCACAGCAAAUACCAGUGGAUGAGAGAUCGUAUUACAAGACUUUGGCCAGACUGGAAGCUAGCAGCAAAGCAACUUGAAACAGAAAAAUCAGCUUUUAGGAAUCGUCGAGUUAAAAACAUACUUUUUUACAUGGGAGCGUUUGCUUAUCACGAACAUUGGUUGGAGAGAGCUUACUCCGGCUUGCCGCUGGGAGAGAUGGUUCAAUGGAGCGAUCUGAUCGCUUCUUCUUACAUCCUUGGACAUAAUAUCACUUUAUCUUCCGAGCAAGAAUUCAUCAACAGAACGUUAGUCGAAACACCCGACAACACCUGUGCAAGGCGAACGGAACGAAAACCUUUUGAUCUCCUUUAUACUGACUACCUCGGCACCUUCGAUCUUCAGGUUGACCUGGGUCCCAUGUUGUCACAAUACAGAUGUAGUUUACGGAUUUUGGACUCAUUCGGUACAGAGGCUGAAUUUAAUUACGCCGAGUACCCAUCAGAAGGGGCCGAUUUUGGAAACCUUGAUAUUCAACUGCGACAGAUGCUAACCAUGUUCCCUCACAGCCCUGACAAUCUCUUCCUUGGAUUUGCUAUCGACAAGGUAGUUGCCAUGGAAACGAGCCAAGGAGCCUCGCUUAACGAUACAAAGAAACCAGCCGAUAAACCAAUCGGUUUGUUGUACGCCAAAGAUGCUUUGUUUUUAUUUGAUAGAAGAAACUACAUCGAUACUCUUAGCAAAUACUUGGAGAUACACGGCACCAUUGGAAAUGAAACAGAAGAACAACAGAAAGACGUCCAAGAUCAUGUGCCGGAUUACGUCAUUAAUCAUGGAGUAAUGAAGGCAGGCGAUCUUCAGCAACUGCUGAGAAGAAGCAAGAUAUUUAUUGGCCUUGGAGAGCCCUAUGAAGGGCCGGCACCACUCGAAGCUAUUUCCCAAGGAUGUGUUUUUAUUAAUCCCAAGUUAGAUCCUCCGCUUAGUCGAAAAAACUCAGGCUUUUUCGAAGGAAAGCCAACUUAUCGGAAGGUUGGUACUUUCAUCUUUACAUAA